AUGUUGGAGGCGGUGGCCGUCGGCGUGGCCACAUCUUCCUCCACGGCUGGCGGUGGCGGCGGGGGAGGUGGAGGAAUGGAUAUGUGGCUGCUGGAGGAGGCCGCCGGCCGCACCGUCUGCGAGUCGUCGCCCCGAGCCGCCACGGCCGCCUUUGAGACCUUCACCGGCCGUGUAGAACUGUCGGCCGGGUUGCGGCUGCGGUUGGCCGGCCGUUUGACGCUGCCUCCUCGUCCCUUCGCCGGCUUCGCCGCCUGCGCGGUGGCCACCGGCCGGGGCGGCGCCAAUCCGGGCCGGCGGGCGGGGGUGGCGGGGGGGGGGGGGCGGUGGCAUGGCCGCGGUUGCAGGCGAGAUGGCAGCGGCGGCAGCGGCUGCGGCCACGUGGGCACCGACUGCGGUGGCGGCGGAGAAGGCGGCGGGUUCGUCGGCGUCGGCCAUGGUGGCGCCGGCCGGGAGGGUCGCGGGCGGGCGGACAGGCGGGAAAGGAAAUGA